AUGAAGAACAAGGAGGGAUGGGACGGAAAAAUGAGGAUAGAGCCAAAGGCCGUUAUUACAAACCCGGAGGCGCUGGAGGAUUCAGAUUACUCGGAUCCGGAUGCACCCCCGGUUGAGGAGAUUGAGGCUGAUGAAGAUCUAUUGGCAGACGAAGAUGUUAAUGCAGAGGAUAUUGACCUUGUGCAUUGCCGGAUAUCGUCGAUUUCCGCUCUUAAAUUGGAACGUUUCCCUAAGCUUCAGAGACUAUGCAUGCGCCAGAACCAAAUAUCACGAAUCAACUUCCCUCCCAAUGUCGCCGCCAGUCUCACUGAACUCGACCUCUACGAUAACCUCAUCUCUCACAUCAAGGGCCUGGAGGAGUUCCACAACUUGACGAGCUUGGAUCUGAGCUUCAACAAGAUCAAGCAUAUCAAGAAUAUCUCACAUCUGAAGAAGUUGACCGAGAUUUUCUUUGUGCAGAACAAAAUCUCCCGUAUCGAGGGGUUGGAGGAAUUGACUGGAAUCAAGAACUUGGAGUUGGGCGCGAAUAAGAUUCGGGAAAUCGAAAACUUGGAAACACUGACCGCGCUGGAAGAACUCUGGCUUGGCAAAAACAAGAUCACUGAAAUGAAGAACCUGGACAGCCUCUCAAACCUCCGCAUCAUCUCCAUCCAAUCCAACCGCCUCACCAAAAUCACGGGUCUCUCCGCGCUCCCCAAGCUUGAAGAGCUCUACCUCUCCCACAAUGCAGUGACCGACCUUUCAGGACUAGAAUCCAAUGAGACACUGCGCGUGCUCGACUUUUCCAACAACCAGGUCUCCCAUCUUGAACAUCUUGCUUCACUAAAGAACCUCGAGGAGCUGUGGGCCUCGAAUAAUCAGCUUGCUAGCUUUGAGGAAGUUGAGCGCGAACUCAAGGAUAAGGAGAAGCUGCAGACUGUUUACUUCGAGGGUAAUCCGUUGCAAUUGAAUGGUCCAGCUGUGUAUCGGAAUAAGGUACGCUUGGCGUUGCCGAAUAUCCAGCAGAUCGAUGCUACAUUCGUCCGAGUUUAG